AUGUCUGCCCAGGACCAACUUUAUACCAAUCCUACCACUGGACUCAUCCACAGCUACGGAGGUGACGAAGCCAAUUGCACGAUCUCAGUCUGCCCCGUUGAGCUCAGCAUCUACGGCUACCGACCAUCUCUUCCCUUCUCUGCUGUCCUGAUCGCUCUCUAUUCCCUAGCCAUCAUCGCUCAGGGAUACCUUGGCAUCAAGUACAAGAAAUGGGGCUUCAUGGUUUCGAUGAUGCUCGGCUGCACUGCCGAGAUCAUUGGCUAUGUUGGCCGCAUGCUCUACAAUCAGAACCCGUGGGGCGAUAUUGGCUUUCUCAUUCAGAUCAUCCUCAUCACCAUUGGUCCCGUCUUCUUCGCUGCUGCCAUCUAUGUUCUUCUCUACCAAAUUGUCUGCUACAUCGACCGCUCUGCUUCGCGCGUCAACCCGAAGUUCUUCUAUUGGGUCUUCAUCCCUGCCGACAUCAUUAGCUUGAUCCUGCAAGCCGCUGGUGGCGCCAUGUCAGCUUCUGCUGAGGAUGGUUCUGACUCAGGUGUCGAUAUUGCACUAGCGGGUCUAAUCCUGCAGGUCGUCACCCUGACGUUCUUCUCCGUCUGUGUGCUCGACUACAUGUGGUGCAGCAGGUCGACAUGGAAGAGCACGAAGCUACCCAAGCCCUUUAUCAGCUUUGCUGCGUUCCUGGCUUUGGCGACAGUUCUCAUCCAGAUCCGCUGUGUGUACCGAGUCUAUGAGUUGAGCGAGGGGUACUCGCGUGACAGCGAGGCGCUUCGGGAUGAGGCCAUGUUCAAUGGUCUUGAAGGAGUUAUGAUCAUUCUUGCUGCCCUGUGCCUGAUCCCGGCACAUCCAGGCUUCGUCUUCAAGAACAAUGAGACCUUGAAGCGCGACUCUCAGGUCGAGGAGCCCAAGCUAGUGCAGGAAGCAUAA